GCAGGACGACGACGACCGGGACAGCCAGAGCUGCGGUGACAGCGACGACAGCAGCGACAGAUCCAGGAUAAGCCUCAGCCCAGAGGUCGACCUCGACUACAGCCUCGACAUGAUGGCCUCGGACUCCUUUGCGCCCUCGUCUCUGCCUCUACGACAGCAGCAGCACUCCCACUCCCACGGCCACCGCAUCUCACACAACCACCGUGCUGCCUCGCCGCCUCUCGAGGGCGACGAGCGCGAGUUUACCCUCACCGCCAGCAUGGUCAGGGAGCGCACGACCGGUGACGACGGCCAGGCAGGCAAGUUGCGCGGUCUCCUGCUUGAUUCGCCGCCAGCCUCGCUCGAUCUCCAGGUCGACGACAUGGACGCCUCGCCCUAUCUCGACGGCCAGGCUGCCUCCGACCAGGGCGAGUACGGCCACCACCAGUACGACGACUACUUUAGCAGGCCCAUCGACAUCCCUACCACCACCACUCUUAACUCUACUUCCCAGUUACGCUGCCUGUUGCGCUCAGUUGCGUCUCCCGGUGGCGGUGGCGGGUGGCGCAUUCGGACGGAUGAGCAGUUGGAUUACGGUCCGUCCAGGCCAGUCCAGUUCGAAUAA